GCGUGGCUAGUGUCGGUGUAGAUAAAAAAAAAAAAAAAAACAUCAAAAAGAGAUUAUUUCGCGAAGGGUCAGCUCCUUUAUAGACCCUCAUGGCUUCCUACACCUGUAUCAGCUGCAGAGUGGCGUUUUCAGAUGGUGAGGUGCAACGAGCUCACUAUAAAACUGACUGGCAUCGCUAUAACCUGAAGCGUAAGGUGGCUGACAUGCCACCGGUCACUGCUGAGAACUUCCAGGAGCGUGUCUUGGAGCAACGUGCUUCUGCUGAGCAGCAGCUGAGUGAAGCUGCUACCACUCAGGGCUGCAGCAACUGCAACAAGAGGUUCUCCAGCACCAAUGCCUACCAGAACCACCUGCAGUCCCACAAACACAAGCAGGCUGAGAAACAGGCAGUGCGUGCUGCACAGAGGAAAGUAGAUAAGAUGAAUGAGAAGAACUUGGAGAAGGGGCUUGGCAAUGAGAAGGUAGACCACAAUGCCAGGAAUGAAGCCCUGCAGCAGGCCCUGAAAGAGCAGCACAAGUCAAGCCCUGCUAAGCAUGCAAAGUUCCAGGAGGCACCUGGAGCAGCUAAGCAGAGGCUGGAGAAACCUCCCAGGAUGAAGUGGUUGGAGGAACAAACAAGCAAGAGAAAACAGGAAGUGGGAGCAACAGCAGAGGAUGAUGAGUGGGAGGACUUUGAUGAGGAAGAGGAUGACAAGAUGGAGGAGGAUGCUGAUGAUGCAGAACAGGUGAUGUAUGAAGCAGAGGAAUCUGGGUCUGAUCCCCACCCUGCUACCCUGCCAGGCUCCAUCCCCAUCACAGACUGUCUGUUCUGCUCCAACCACUCACGGACGCUCAUGAAGAAUGUCACCCACAUGACGAAAGUCCACAGUUUUUUCAUCCCUGAUGUGGAGUUCGUCAUUGACCUCAAAGGUCUAAUCUGUUACCUGGGAGAGAAAGUCGGCGCUGGGAAUGUGUGUUUAUGGUGUAAUGAAAAGGGGCGAUCGUUUUACUCGACAGAAGCGGUCCAGAGUCACAUGAUCGACAAAAGCCACUGUAAGCUCUUCACAGACGGUGAUGCAGCUUUAGAGUUUGCAGACUUUUAUGACUUCAGGAGCAGCUAUCCUGGCAAAACUGAGGGAGAAGAAGCUGAAAUGGAUGAAGACGACCUUUUUGAACAAAAGAACCUGGAGUAUGAUGAUGAAACGCUGGAGCUCACACUCCCCUCAGGGGCUAAGAUUGGUCACCGCUCCCUCAUGCGGUACUACAAGCAGAGGUUUGGAAUCCAGAGAGCGGUAGCUGUGUCACACAACAAGAACGCUGUGGGAAGGGUCCUCCGGCAGUACAGAGCCCUGGGCUGGGGUGGAGACCUGGGUAAGGCCGGGAUCCAGCAGAAGCACAAGGAUAUGCAGUACGUGCAGAUGAUGAAGUCCAGAUGGAUGCUGAAGAUGGCCAUGAAACACAACACCACCAAGCAGAAGCACUUCAGGGUCCAAGUUUUGUUCUAAACCCAAACCAGAGGAGCCGAGUGUGAUGGGGUCAAAGGAUCCAAAAACCACAUUUAUCAGUUAGCUUCAGCCAACAGGACUUGCAGACCCCAGUAUAGCUACAUGGACAUCAUAACUGCUGCAUAGCUGUGCUGAUUUUAAUACUCAAUAAAUCGAGCAGAAAUUUUCAUA